UGCACUGAUUGAUCAAGCAUUCAACCUCUUCUCAGAAAUGAUCAGUAGAGGUAUUGCUCCAACCGUUGUUACUUACAACUCUUUCCAGAUGUCCGCACCUUCAAUAUCUUGGUUGAUACAUUCUGUAAGGAAGGGAUGGUCGUGGAAGCCAAAACUGUGGUUCAAACGAUGAUUCAAAGACAUAUUGAGCCUGACACGGUUACAUACAGCUCCCUUAUGGACGGUUACUGUUUGCGAGGAGAAAUGUACGAGGCAAGACAAGUUUUUGAUCUUAUGGUUAGUAAGGGCUCCAUGGUUGAUGUUCGGAGUUGUAACAUAUUGAUUAACGGAUAUUGCAAGGGUAAAAAGAUCGAUCAGGCUUACAAGAUUUUCAAGGAAAUGCAUUGUAUGGAACUUGUUCCAAAUACAAUUACUAUUAACACUCUUAUUGAUGGUUUUUGCAAAGCGGGGAGAAUUCAAGAAGCAGAAAAGUUGUUCUCUGAGAUGCAAGGUUGUGGCCUGCUUCCAAAUGUUCAAACUUAUGCUGUGAUACUUGAUGGCCUGUGUAACAACCAGCAACUUUCUACAGCUGUAGAAUUGCUUAGAGAGCUGGAAGCCAGAAAACUGGAACUCAAUAUUGUAAUUUACAAUAUUAUUAUUGAAGGUUUGUGCAAAGCUGGGGAAGUUCAGUCUGCAAAAGAUCUCUUCUGUGGUGUAUCAUCUAAACGACUUCAGCCUAAUGUGCGCACAUACAAUAUAAUGGUUGGUGGACUUUGUCAUAAUGGCUUAAUAAUUGAAGCAGAAAAGUUGCUGAGAGAAAUGGGAGGGAAAGGAUGUUCUCCGGAUGGUUGCACCUAUAACACCAUUAUCCGAGGUUUUAUCAAUAACAAUGAGACAUCAAGGGCUACGAGACUUGUUCAAGAAAUGCUUGAGAGGGGUUUCUCUGCAGAUGCAUCAACUAUGGAAUUGAUUGUUGAUUUAUUGUCGAAAGAUACAGUAGAUCCUGGUUUAUUAGCAUUGCUUAAAGAUUCAGCCUGUGUGCUGAUGACAGCUUCAUCUGAAGGAUGUUGUGUCAUAUUACAUUAUCUAGCGCAGAUACAGAUUCGAAUACUCGAGCUUUCUCAAGGAAACCCAUACCCGUUCGAAACUGGAGACGCUGAAAAUGAUGGGAAAAGCACCACCAUUCUGCUUCUCUGUGGAAUUGUUCCUGAUGUUUAUACAAUAACCAUUAUCAUUAACUGCUAUUGCCAUUUAAAUCAAAUGGGUUUUAGCUUAUCUGUCUUGGCUAAAUUCUUCAAAUUUGGUCUUCAACCAAAUGUUAUUACCUUCUCCACUCUGAUCAACGGCUUUGUUCUCCACAAUCAAGUGCCUCAGGCUGCACGAAUUUUCACCAAAAUGCUGCAGGCAGGUGCAGGUCAUUCUAAGCCCACUGUGUUUACUUUCAGCACACUAAUUAAGGGCUUUUGCAAGAUGGGAAACAACAGUGCGGCUAUUCAAUUACUGAGGAAGAUGGAAGAAAGAGGAUGCGAGCCUAACAUAGUUUCCUAUAACACCAUCAUUGACAGCCUUUUCAAGGAUAGGCAAAUUGAUGAAGCAUUCAACCUCUUCUCAGAAAUGAUUACUCGAGGUAUUGCUCCAACCGCUGUUACUUACAACUCUUUGAUUCAAGGAGUUUGCAAUAUAGGCCAGUGGAAACAAGCUACGAGGUUGUUGAAUGAAAUGGUGAGUAAAGGCAUCUUUCCAGAUGUCGGCACCUUCAAUAUCUUGGUUCAUACAUUCUGUAAGGAAGGGAUGGUCGUGGAAGCCAAAAGUGUGGUUCAAACGAUGAUUCAAAGACAUAUUGAACCUACUGUGGUUACAUACAACUCACUUAUGGAUGGUUACUGUUGGCGAGGAGAAAUGGACGAGGCAAAAGAAGUUUUUGAUCUUAUGAUAAGCAAGGCCUCCAUGGUUGAUGUUUGGAGUUGUAACAUAUUGAUUAACGGAUAUUGCAAGGGUAAAAAGAUCGAUAAGGCUUACAAGAUUUUCAAGGAAAUGCAUCGUAUGGAACUUGUCCCUGAUUCCAUUACUUAUACCACUCUUAUCGAUGGUUUUUGUAAAACAGGGAGAAUACAAGAAGCAGAAAAGCUGUUCUCUCAGAUGCAAGGUUGUUGCGAGCUUCCAAAUGUUCAAACUUAUGCUGUUUUACUUGAUGGCCUGUGUAACAACCAGCAACUUUCUACGGCAAUAGAAUUGCUUAGAGAGAUGGAAGCCAACAAAGUAGAACUUAAUAUUCUAGUUUACACUGUUGUUAUUGAAGGUUUGUGCAAAGCUGGAAAAAUUGAAUCCGCAAGAGAUCUCUUCUGUGGUUUGUCAUCAAAAGGAGUUCAGCCUGAUGUGAGAACAUACACUAUAAUGAUUCAUGGACUUUGUCAUCAUGGCUUAAUAUUUGAAGCAGAAAAGUUGCUGAGAGAAAUGGGAGGGAAAGGAUGUUCUCCAUAUGGUUGCACCUAUAACACCAUUAUCCGAGGUUUUAUCAAUAACAAUGAGACAUCAUGGGCUACGAAAAUUUUUCAAGAAAUGCUUGAGAGAGGUUUCUCUGCAGAUGCAUCAACUAUGGAAUUGAUUGUUGAGUUAUUGUCGAAAGAUACAGUAGAUCCUGGUUUAUUGGCAUUGCUUAAAGAUUCAUCCUGAAGUUAUUUGAAUAUUUGAAAUAAUUCUUUCUCAAUAUCACUAGGAAAUUUGGAAAUUCAAAACUGCUGCCCCUUUAGCAACCUUGUAUGUCUUGUCAAUCUGAUUUAUAAAUCCAUCAUCCAAACAAAUGU